GGAAGUGGAACGAAAGCCAAAACCUAUCCAGUUGAACGUAAACCGCUCCCGCCAGCGCUGGUGCUGGUGAAGAAGAACCCAGAAAGGCUUUCAUCAUUUUGUGAAUGAAUCAAUCAAUAAGCGACGCUGAGCUCUUUGCCGCCAUGUCGUCCAAAAAGAACCGGGAUGGCGACGAGCGCUUCCUUCGGGUGCAGAAGGACCCCCGCUUCUGGGAAAUGCCAGAGAGAGAACGCAAGAUCAAGAUCGACAAGCGUUUCCAGUCCAUGUUUCAUGACAAGCGCUUCAAGGUGAAGUACACGGUGGACAAACGAGGCCGUCCCAUCAACCACACCUCCGCAGACGACCUGAAGCGUUUCUACAAGCUCUCCGGCUCGGAGGACGAAGAAGAUGAAGAGGACGCAAAGAACAAGAAGGCGACCGACGGGAAGAAGAAGAAAAAAGGGACGGAGACGCUGCCGAAAGCUGAGACAGACGCGAGGAAAGGAAAAGCAGCGCAGAGCGGAGCUGGUAAAGCUAAAGCGGAGCGGCCCGAACGAGGAGUCCGCGUUGUGGAGGAUGAAGACGAUGAAGACGACGAGGAGCAGCAAACUGAGGAGGAGGAUGGUGUCACCCUGGAAGACGUUGUCACGGACGGCAGUGAGGAGGAUGAAGACGACGACGACGACGACGAUGCAGAGGAGGAGAGUGAUGUUGGAAGCGGAUCGGAUGAGGAGGAGUCCGGUCUGGACUCGGAUGAGGACAGCGACAGCGGGCCAGACCUGGCCAGAGGGAAGGGCAACAUCGAGACCAGCUCGGACGAGGACGAGGACGAGGAGGACGACGUGGACGCCAUCCUGAGGAAAGAGGAAGAGGCGAUCGAACACGACUGGGGAGAGCUGUGCAAAGACGCCCAGCGGAGCGAUGAGGUUUCUGCCCGACUGGCCGUCUGCAACAUGGACUGGGACCGCAUGAAGGCCAGAGACCUGCUGGCUCUGGUCAACUCCUUCACACCUAAAGGAGGAGCUGUGCUGUCCGUCAAGGUAAUGCCGCUUUGAAUCCGAGUGGACGCCGAACGCCGGGCAGGAGCGGAGAGCACCUUCUGAAGGGUUUACAGGGAGAAGAUGCGUGACUACCAGUUCAAGCGGCUCAAGUAUUACUACGCCGUGGUGGAGUGUGACUCGGCCGACACAGCCGCCAAGAUCUACGACGAGUGUGACGGCUACGAGUACGAGAGCAGCUGCUCCGUCCUGGACCUCCGGUUUAUUCCUGAUGAAGUCACGUUUGCCGAGGAGCCCAGAGACGUGGCUACGGACGUGAACCUGUUGGCCUACACGCCCAAACUGUUCACCUCAUCUGCUGCUGCCACCUCAAAGGUGCAGCUCACGUGGGACGAGACGGACCACGAGCGGGUGACUGCGCUGAACAGGAAGUUCAACAAGGACGAGCUGCUGGAAAUGGACUUUAACGCCUACCUGGCCUCCUCCAGCGAAGAGGAGGAGGAGGAUGAAGAUGGAGGGCUCGGCUUCGGAGAGCGGGAGAGCAGAGACGAUGACAGCACAGCAGAGGCUCAACCGAGGGAAGAGCCCGUCGCGGAGGUGGAGACGAAAGCCCAGAGGGAAGAAGGGAAGGAGAAGAAGAAGAAGAAAAGCGAGGAGCAGAUCUCUAAGUACAGAGAGCUGCUGAAAGGCAUCCAGGACAAAGAGAAGAAGCUGCACGAAGACAAAGACAUGGAGAUGGAGAUUACCUGGGUGCCAGGGCUCAAGGAGACGACGGAGCAGCUGGUGAAGAAGAAGCUGGAGGGGAAAGACAAGCUGACGCCCUGGGAGGAGUUCCUGCAGAAGAAGAAAGAGAGGAAGAAGCAGAAGAAAUCUCAGAGCAAACAGGAGGCGGGUGAGGAAGAGCCCAGCGAUGACGAGCUUCCUCCAGAUGUUGACCUCAGUGACCCCUUCUUCGCCGAGGAGCUCGGCGCUACAGAUCUGAAGAAGAAACAGAAGGGAAAAAAGAAGAAGAAACAGCAGCGGGAGGAAGAGGAGAGGACGGCUGAGGAGGAAGAGGAGCUGGAGAAACAAAAGGCUGAGAUGGCGCUGCUGAUGGAGGACGACGCCACCGACGCCAAACACAAACACUUUAACUACGACAAGAUCGUGGAACAGCAGAACUUGAGCAAGAGGAAGAGGAAGAAGCUGCUGAAGCGGGGCGAGGAGCCGCUGGAGGACGACGACUUCCAGGUGGAUGUUAAAGACCCCCGUUUCCAGGCCAUGUUCACCUCCCACCUGUUCAACCUGGACCCGUCCCACCCCAGCUACAAGAAGACUAAAGCCACUGACAACAUCCUGGCCGAGAGGCGGCGCAGACGAGAGGACGAGCAGCGGCAGAGGGAGGACGUCCUCAGUGCUCAGGAAGCGGCCGUGAAGAAACAGGAAAAUGACUCUGAUGCUCCGACGGCGAGGAAGUCGAUGGACCCCGGUCUGUCUCUGCUCGUCAAGUCCAUUAAAAGCAAAACGGAGCAGUUUCAGGCUCGGAAGAAACAGAAGCUCCUGUAGGUUCGACUGAAAACUGCUGCCUCCUGGACCUUUUAUCCGCUCGGGUUCUCCCGAUGAAACGGGAUCGGUUUCCUGCGUUUGUACAGAAAAACUCCCAACAGCAGGAAUACAACAUGAAAUGAGGACUCGUGCACAUCUGGAGUAAAAACCGACUCCUGCUGAAAUGUUUUAUUUGUGCCGUUUGGACUCAUCAGUGGUCAGUAACGUAAAGUCGUGCUCCACAGUGAAUUUCAACAGACAGAUGAGCUUUAGCGCCAAUUAGCAAACAAAACAAAGCUACUGUUGGAUUGGUCCUUAGAUUAAAGCCCUUAUUAUUAGCAUUUACAAACAGUAAAUAAACAUUUAAUACUAGUGUAGUGAGAAGCAGAUAUAAAGACAUUUUAAGUCUUUAUCAAUGUUCAGUGUUUGUUCCACAUGUUUUCUAUUAUUCCAGCUGUGUUUUACUGUGUUGUGGUUCAUCACCUGUUCAUCCAGCAGCCUCCACUGACGGAGGAGUUGGAGCCGGUAACAGAGACGCUGAUGAAUAACGAGAUCUGGUCACAGCUGCAUCAGAGACCAGGUAUUAAAUCUGUAUGUACUGGUUCUAAAUGCUAAAUAAAGGGUGUUGAAGUGUUA